CAAUGGAAGUUAAUAUGAAAGAAUUAAAUGAAGGUCCUGCUCUAGUAAUAGAUGGUCAAACUAAUGUAGAUUUAGAUUCUGAAGACAGGAAUUUACAAGAAGGAUAAGGAACAAACCCUCCAUAGGUUCCUACAAAACCUGUUAAAUAUGUUCUAACAAAUAGUGACAAAAUGACAUUGAAAUUGGCCAAAGGUCUAAUCCUAUGCAAUCUUAUUGGAUUUGUUUUUUUAUUUAUUGGAAGUGCUAUCAUCUAUACAACUCUCAAAUCUAACUGGUAUGAUGAAAUGAUAGUGUCUUUUUAAAUCUUCAUAUUUUCAGAUGCCCUUUUAUUAGGAGAAAAGAUUUUGUUUUUCGCUUCUUUGAUUAACAAGAAAAAGAUAGUUAAAUUAUGCCCCUUUUUAAAUGUAGUCUCAUUAUUACUGAAGAUAGUGGCUAGUGGAUUGAUUGUGUAAGACAUUUAAUUAAUAAUAUUAGUCAUACUCUCCUUUGUGCACUUAUAGUUAGUCUAAUUUUGGUGCUUCUUUAAAUGCCUCAUAAUAUCAUGAUUAAAGUAAUCACCAAAAGAUGGAGAAAUAUACCAGAUAGAAAGUGGAAAAAAUAAUUAAUUUUAGUUAGAAAACCAAUCCCUUAGAUAUGA